AUGGCCGACAACAGUGGCAGUAGUAACGAUUCUAGUUCGCCAUCGAACAUUUCCACUUUGACAUCGUUGCCACCGCCGCCGCCGUCGCAUACACCGUCUUUGGCUACUACAACUACGCCUAAUGAACCGCAACCACCUUUGAGGGAAGAUAUGGUCAAGUCGGCCGUUUCAUUUUUAUCGUCGCCCAAAGUGCGUUCAGCCGACCAAGCCAAAAAGAUAGCAUUCCUACGAAAUAAAGGACUGAAUCAAGCCGAGAUUGACGAAGCAUUCAAAAGAGUACCCGGCAGUGACGCCCAACCCGCCAUUGUCAAUACUGCGGGUCCUUCUUCGUCUCCCGCCGUUCCACCUCGUCCUGCGCUCUCGUCGGCCCCACCAGCCGUGCAAAUAGCAUACUAUCAGCCUUCGCCUCCGCCGCGUAUGACAACACAAAGUAUCAUUCGUCUGGCGGUGGUAACCGGCGUUGGCGCAGUCGGAGUCACUGCGGUUCUCGUAGGCAUUAUCAAGCGUAUCAUGUCACGCAUUUUUCGUCGUAUUGCCGUCUACCAAUGCGAUCGAUAUAAUCAGCACAAAGCCUUGUUGGAGAGGCUAAAUACCAAGCUCAAGGCCAUGGAAAGCAGUUCGGCUGCAUCGCUGGAUGUCAUUAGACGGCAGCAAACCAAAUCCUUGGAAAAUCUCCAAAAAGUUCAAACGGAUAUUCAUGGUUACAUCGAUGAGAACGAGCCAUAUGCAAAAUUCUUGAAUGCUCUCAACGGGUUCAAAGAUCAGUUAACCCAUCCCGACGUCAUUUUUUCCUCGUUCAACACUUCCAAUAACUUUGGACUCAGUUUCAGAGACUAUCGAAGCGAUGAUUCCGUCGUGCAAGGUUUCAAGAGUGAAAUACGAAGCUUCAAAGGCAUGCUCUUGAGCCGACGCAAUUUUCCCUCCGUGAAACCUACCACCACAUUUUCCACCCAGGUAUCGCCCGCCACCCCUCCUUCCACUGAAUCCGUUGCUACUCCCAAUACCAAUACCAAUACAAAACUCCCACCAAACACUGCUUCCUCCUCUCCUACCAGUUCCGUAGAUCUCAAUAAUCAUCCACGUCACCGGUCCUCGUUCCGUGCCGAUUUAGCCAAAGAACAUGCUUCAUCCAAUCCGCAAUAA